AUGAAUUGUGGGAAACAAAGUGGUGGGAGUCAAUCAGCAUCUUGGUCUUAUGAGUGUACUAUUUGCAAGAGGAGCUUCAAAAGUGCAAAAGCUUUAGGAGGACAUAUGCACAUACAUAGCAAUGAAGAGAUAGACACUAAGUUGAAGUUGCAAUCAACAUCGGAAUCAAUCCCCACAGACUUGAGAUGGGUAGUCCCGUCAGCUACUGCAGAAGGUCGUGGCCGAGACCGAAACCGAGGCAAGGGCAGUAAGGAACAGGUCCGGAUGGGUAAGGUAAAAGAACUCUCACUUUUCGGCAAAAAACCCUCGAAUUUGAAGAAGCUGUUCGGUGAGAAGACAGGACAGUCAUCUCAACAGGAUAAUGUCGUCUCUGAGGUGGAUCUUGAACUUAGAUUAGGAUCUAAUCCAAAAAAAUCAACCUUAACUACAUUUAAAUUCUUUUGA